AGCAAAGAGAGACACCCAAGAGGGCUCAGUCUCGUCACCAAGUAGAUCCGCGGGUACCUCGACCUUGGUUGUAUGGACUUGCUGCCUAUCAUUCAUAUCUGCAAGCGAAGCUCGUCCCGUACGACGAGAUAUGAAUCCGACCUUUCCCACAGCUCUGGAUAACUCCUUUCUUCACCCUUCCCCCAACCCUCCUUACAUCCGCACCACCCCUGCUACGAACAUGAGAGCGCCUCUAUCUGCAUUCUACUAAACGAAUAUACCAACUAGGUAUUAGUCACGAGACGGCCCACUAAUACACGACAGUCCUCAUUUCCGGUAAUCGAAACACACGGUGGAUGUCUGAGGGACUCUACUUUGACAGACAGUCGCGUCUUAACCAGUCGCCAACAACAUAACGAUUCAAGCGUGUUCUGGUUCAUGCUGAAGUGGUCGUGACUCGGGCUGGUUGAGGUGUUGUGGGCAAACAAAGGGUCGACAUUUCAUCACUGUCUUCUGUCCAUUUCGGUCGACUACCAAGCAGACCCUGACCACUUGCAUACGACAUGUCGCCGUCUUCCAACAGCGACUCUCCCGCCUCGGUAGUGGGCAGCAUGACCAUGGCCGCGCAGGCUGCUCCCAACGUUGUAAGGCAAUAUCCUCUGCCGAAUCGAGACUUCACAAUCGAAAUUCCCUCGCCCCAAGUUGCACCCACUACCAAUGGGGUCAACACCGUCAAGUCACCCUCCACUCUCAAGUCGUCCCGUGCUCCCAACUUCAGCCGCGAAGGUAUUCUUGGAUCGGCCCAGAAAGCCCGAAAUCUCUCGCAGUCGUCUGAAAACCGGCCUGACCAUGUCAAUGUCUCUAAUGGCUUUCACAAGGCUCCUAGUGAGGAGAGCACCAAUCCGCUGAAAAGAAGAAAUACGGAUGCUGGCGUCGACUACCCUAGAAGAAGGGCAACCAUUGCGUGCGAGGUAUGCCGCUCGAGGAAGUCGCGGUGUGACGGCACAAAACCAAAAUGCAAGCUGUGCACAGAGUUGGGUGCCGAGUGCAUAUAUCGCGAGCCUGGUAUCAAGCUGGAUGCCGGCGACAAGCUCAUCCUCGAACGCCUCAACAGGAUAGAAAGUCUGCUGCAAUUAAACAUGGGCCUAACCGGUCAUACCCAUGGCCUAGGAUUAUCCCAUAACUCCCCGGGGAUGAGCAACGGGACAGGGUUGAGUGGUGACAACCUGAUGAUGCAAAAUCCCGACGCCGCCGGCUUUGUCUCGGUGAUCCCCAGCGGAGGCUUGGGCACAUGGUCCGCUACCGCUACCAACAGCUUGUCAACAAUGCCCAAGGUCCACACCAAUGCCGCCCUUCAUUUGUUGCAAUGGCCCAUGAUUCGGGAUCUCGUCUCACGACCUUACGACCCACAAAUUCUCCUCCAACUCGAAAUGGCCAGGGAGCCACUCCACUCGCUCACAAAGACCCCUUGUGUGGACCUCUCCAACACUUCCGCCUACAUCGAAGCCUAUUUCGAUCGUGUCAACGUUUGGUACGCCUGUGUCAACCCUUAUACAUGGAGGAGCCACUAUCGUAUCGCCCUCUCGAACGGUUUCAGGGAAGGACCAGAAAGUUGUAUUGUGCUUCUCGUCUUGGCUCUCGGUCAGGCAAGUUUACGGGGGAGCAUAUCCAGGAUCGUGCCACAUGAGGAUCCCCCGGGCCUCCAAUAUUUCACGGCCGCAUGGGCCUUGCUACCGGGCAUGAUGACCUCCAACAGCGUUCUCGCCGCUCAAUGCCACCUUUUAGCUGCCGCUUACCUAUUCUACCUCGUCCGACCCCUGGAAGCAUGGAACCUUCUCUGCACAACAAGUACCAAGUUGCAGCUCCUCCUUAUGACGCCGAACCGAGUGCCUGUCGACCAAAGGGAACUGAGUGAAAGGAUCUACUGGAAUGCUCUGCUGUUCGAGAGCGACCUCCUCGCCGAGCUGGACCUUCCGCAUUCUGGUGUUGUUGCAUUUGAAGAAAAUGUUGGUCUGCCAUGUGGCUUCGAGGGGGAUGAGCAAGAGGCAGUUGGUCGCGAUGAUUUGUGGUAUUUCCUCGCCGAAAUAGCACUUCGGCGACUACUCAACCGCGUCAGCCAGCUCAUUUACUCCAAGGACUCCUUGGCCUCUACAACGAGUCUCGAACCCAUCGUGACCGAGUUGGAUUUCCAACUAACGCAGUGGUACGAGAGUCUACCUCUACCGCUGCAAUUUCCGUUUACUCGGACAAUGCUCCCAGAUCCUGUCCAGACGGUGUUGCGGUUGCGCUUCUUUGCUUGCCGGACCAUUAUUUACCGGCCAUACAUUCUCGCGGUCCUCGACAAUGAACAGGCAAUACUGGACCCCUCAGUGCGUGACGCGUGCACAAAGUGUCUGGAGGCUUCAAUCAGACAAUUGGAGCAUAUCAGUGCACAUCACGCCGGACACAUGCCGUACCUUUGGCAAGGGGCACUCUCGAUUGUAUCGCAGACACUUCUGAUUAUGGGUGCCACUAUGUCACCGUCACUAAACAGUAUUCUGGUGAGCUUGGUCUCACACCGCGACGUUAUCGACCAGAUCAUCAACGAUGUCGUCAUGGAGAUCGAGCGUUAUUCCGUACUCUCACCCAGUCUGAGCCUCUCGGCGGAGAUUAUCAAGGAAGCGGAGGUUAGGCGACGAACGUUCCUGAGUGGUUGAGGAAUCGCUUUACUACACUCGAUGUCAUAGACACAAAAGGUCAAACGGUCCCAUCAAACUCGCCACAUCCAAACCUUUCAAUCACCCAAAAGUUAAACCGCCAGCAGUUGAACCUAUGGUGUUCUGUCAUGGCACGAAGCAAGCUACAGGUGCAUCUGGUCCUCCACGGAUGCAACGCCAGUACAAGAUGUAUUUUUUUCAGGACUGAAACAGUCGCUGUCCAAGUCGUUGGCUGCAUUGACUAUCAAAUUUAUUCCUGCGACGAAAACAGCCAUUCUCUUGAUCUGUACUGCCAGCAGACGUGAAAAAUAAUCCGGGCUCGCUCAUACACAACCAAGCCCAGUAAGUGUCCGGACUGCAUUCACACCAUCUGCCCGCCUCCCCGCCUUCGGAAGGGCGCUCACCGAAUGGUCUGAAGAUCAUACCAAUGUUGAUCGACCAGCCUUGCCUGAUAACCUGAUAAACCAUGGCCCUGACUAUGGGCACGCCGGUUUUUGUGAGCAUUUGACCUACUUCUAUCUCAUACACUCCUGUUGUAGCUGGCUACAACGUGGUAUCUUGACUGGAAACCCCGACCAGCGACCGACAGACAAUCCCAUUCUCUUGUUCUUCACGACUUUGCACAGGCUGAGCACCCUUUGCCUCUCCCCAGAAACGUGGAUGACCAGCAACGGAGCGCCAAGCAGAACACCUUGCAACAAGGUCUGUCGAAGCCGGAGCAUACGGCCUGGGGUAGCACACCUUGGGUGCAGAAGAAUUUGAACAGUGCCCGAUCUGCCUGUGGUUGAUGAUGGGCUGUGUGUUGGAUGGCACAUUGAUGCGGAUACGACGGGCCGAAAAUCCGGAAACACCCCACUUCUUUGACCCUUGCUCAGCUUUUAAUGAUGUUCUUCCAAUGUUCCAUUACUUUUCUGCCCCUCUCUGCCCCUGAUUCAGACAGCAACUGUUUGUGGGAGCGUUUACAUUAUAGUGAAUGUUGGCCUUGAGUCGAUUUCCCUGAUGGGCGGGCCGGAAGAAGCGAGAAGGGGGCGACUUUCGCAUAUCAUCAUUACUUGCAAAUCUUCUCUACCUACCAUCCACCAAAGUUGUACACUUGCAGACGGGCUUCUACACAUACAUGAAGGAAACUUGAGAGUGAACAUUAUUUUCAGCCCUUACGUUCUCGACGUUCGGUGGACGACCAACCCCCUGUGAACAAUUUAUGGCAUUUAUCCGACCUCCUGGCUUUGGUAUAUUCGGGUUGACGCUUUGGUGGUUCUGAAGCUUAUUCAAGGUUUUCAAAGUCAUGUAACAAAGAUGAGAUGAAAUGCCCAAAGUUUGUUUUCGUCAUGUCGUUUCUCUGGAAGCACUUCUUGCUUAUGGCUGGCUUUUGGUGUUGGAGGGCAUCGGCAAACGGGACCAAAACAUAUGCAAUCUCAAUGAGGACGUUGAAGCUGUGCCAUACUAUGAUUCUCUGUUAUUUCUCUUUCCUUGUUGGGAUGGUUGGUUGUCUCUCGCCUUUUCUUCUCUUUUUAUUUACAAACAGGAUACCUCCUACACUUCACAAUACCCAAUACUUUACUAUUCUUUUUGCAAA